CCAAGUUGCAGUGUGUUGCUCUGGUUCUGCUGCUGUGUCUGCUACAAUAGUGUGUGUGUGUGUGUGAGACGUUAAUGAGAGAAAUAAAACUUUGUCACAAUUAACGUAUGAAUUCUCGAGUUAGGGCCGUAAGCAUGAGAUAAUCACGCUUAUGGGAGGGACGGACGUGGGGGCAAUCCGGAAAACGGCUCUCGAGGAAGCAGGAAGCGAUAAACGCCGUAACAACGUCCUACAGCACCAGAUCACCUGAAAUGGAUCUAGAGACCGCACUGAAGGAAUGCUCCACCGCCCUCGACCUUUUUCUGAACAACAGGUUCGCCGACGCCUUGGCUUUUUUAAAACCCUGGAAGAGUCAGAGCAUGUACCACGCAAUGGGCUACAGCAGCAUGUUGGUGAUGCAAGCAGGCAUGACCUUUGACCCAAAGGACAUGGAUGCUGCCAUGAUGUCCCUGAAUGAAUCCCUGCAGACUUGCCAGAGAUUUCGGAAGAAAACUGGAAUAGUGGAGACCCUGACCAGCCUGUGGUAUAGACAGCCAGCGGACAAUCUGACAGAGGAAGAGCUGCAUGCGGAGCUGUGCUAUGCUGAGGUUCUGCUGCAGAAGGCAGCUCUCACGUUCCUGGACGAGAGUAUAAUCGGCUUCAUCAAAGGAGGAAUGAGAAUCCGAAACAGUUAUCAGAUUUACAAGGAUUGCAAGGCCAUGGCAAAUGUCACAAAAGACACAGAAAAACAGAAGAGUACACACAUUCAUUUUAGGGGCGGUGUCAACAUGGGCAUCGGAUCAUUUAAUCUGAUUCUGUCUCUGCUUCCAUCCAGAGUCCUCAGACUGAUGGAGUUUUUGGGCUUCACGGGAGACAAGGAGUUGGGUUUGUCAGAACUGAGAGAGGGAGCAGCAGGCAACAGCCUGCGCUCUAUCCUCAGCACCCUGACUCUGCUGAUGUUUCAUCUCUACAUCACAGUGAUACUCGGUACUGGUGAAGGAAACCUUACUGAAGCUGAGAUGCUGCUUGAACCCUACAUUGACAAGUUCCCUAAUGGAGCCCUCGUUCUUUUCUACAUUGCAAGAAUUGCUUUGCUCAAAGGAAACUUCACGUUUGCCCAGGAGAAGUUCCUGGCCUGUAUCGCAUCACAGGAAGAGUGGCGUCAGAUCCACCACCUGUGUUACUGGGAGCUGAUGUGGGCCUACUCCUUUGAGCAAAACUGGAGGGAGGCUUAUCAAUACGCUGACCUUCUCUGCAAGGAGAGCAAGUGGUCCCAGGCGGUCUAUGUAUUCCAGAAAGCUGCCAUCUUGAGCAUGCUCCCAGAGGAAGAAGUGACUAAACUGGGCGAAAAUGUGGUGGAAUUAUUCAGGCAGGUGGAUGGUCUCAGAUUGAAAAUUGCUGGAAAAUCGAUUCCAACUGAGAAGUUUGCAGUGAAGAAGGCCAAGCGAUAUUCUUCCUCUAACCCUGUGAAAUUAGUCGUCCCUGCUUUGGAAAUGAUGUAUGUCUGGAAUGGCUUCACAGUAGUUGGCAAAAGACCCAAGCUGACUGAAAGUAUCUUGAACACCUUGGAAAAAGCAGAGCAGCAGCUCAGAGAUGAUCCAAACCCGUCGGAGUAUCACCUGGACAACCAGUGUGUUGUCCAGCUGCUGAAGGGCUUGUGUCUAAGACAGUUGGGCCAUCUGGUCCAGGCUGAGCUCUGCUUCAACUAUGUAAUUUCCAGUGAAAAUGAUAUCAAGCAUGACAACUAUUUGGUUCCAUUUACCAUGUACGAGCUGGGCCUGUUGCACAAGCAGAAAGGUGACAUCCAUGCGGCCAUCACAGUGAUUGAAAAUGCCAAGAUGAACUACAAAGACUACAACAUGGAGUCCAGGCUACACUUCCGCAUCCAUGCAGCACUCAACGCCAUGGGUUCCUUUUCAGCCAAACUUCCCCCUCCAUUUACAUCAGCUUGAAAGGCCCCAUGGCAGGAAACUCAAUAAAGAAAGAGGGUAAAACCUGACAGUUACCCAAACCUGUUUGCUGCCUCCAGCUCUGUGACUGCAGUUGAAAUGAUGGGCAGAUGGGAAUCUUGCCGUCAGCCCCUCCUUACCUGGUCAACAUGGGAGGGCGGCGCUCUGAGGCGCAACCCUCCGAGCAAAUUUGUUUAAAAUGUACAAAACUAGUCCCUAAUGACAUCUAGAGCAAGAACAACCGAAGCAGCCUUGGUUGGCGUACCUGUAUGAACUGCCUUACGAAGACUUUGUUAUUUCCGUUGAUUUACACUACAGCUUGUCAGCACCAGUACAACGUGAACCUCAGGAGAAAGAAUGAAAAGACAUUUGCUACUUUUGCUGUUUGAGUUCUCUAGUAAUGUCAUAUCCAGUUUGAGACUAUUUCACGUUUUGCUGUUUUUUACUCAAAUUGAUUAAUCUCAUUUCAAUAUUUUAAGGAUGUUGUUGUUGUUUGAGGAUGCUUAUAAACUAUAUGUCCUGGUACAGUUCCAACAAUCCUCAUGUAAAUAACUGUUCAUCUUCUUCAUCCUGUGCCGUAUCAUUCAGUCUGCUUUGGUAGAUGUUACUUACAGAUUAAAACUUAGAAAUGAAA